AUGGCUGCACACACUGCAGCCGCGAUCUCAAUUCUAUCAGCAGCCGGAUAAUGAGGAUAUAUCGAUGUUUUGAUCCACGACUACCGCAGGCAACAUUAUAUGGAUCUAUUCUCUCUAUUUAAUACGAUUGGUAGUCAUGGCCGACUUUUAUUAAUGAAUACGUCCACUGAGGUUGCAAUAAAAACACUACAGCAGUCUCCGGGCAACACAACCUGAAUAUAAAGCAUUCAUUACAGAGUCAGUGACAGUACUGCUUGCCUCUGACUCAGAGCCUGUUUGUUCUACUCUCGGCAGUCUGCAUGCAUGUGGAAGUAGCCCCUCACGGCUGGUGAGACGAAGCACCAAUACAAGGAGCAGAGUUCCGGCAUGUUGAAACUUUAGUCAACAGAACAGAGACAAGAGGAUGAACAAGAAGAAGGACAAGGGCUUUGAGAGCCCGCGCCCCUUUAAAUUGACCCACCAGGUGGUGUGCAUCAACAACAUCAACUUCCAGAGAAAGUCUGUCAUUGGCUUUGUUGAGCUGACCAUUUUCCCCACGGUGGUCAACCUGAACCGGAUCAAGCUUAACAGCAAACAGUGCCGCAUCUACAGGGUCCGAGUCAAUGAACUGGAAGCACCAUUCAUUUACAAUGACCCUACACUGGAGGUGUGCCACCAUGAGUCCAAGCAGAGGAACCUCAACUACUUCUCCAGUGCCUACACUGCAGCAGUGAGUGCUGUGGAUCCUGAUGCAGGACAUGGCGAGCUCGUCAUCAAAGUUCCCUCUGAGCUCUGGAAACAAGGGGACGAGUUGAAAGUUUUAAAGGUGUACAUAGAGUUUUCCCUGGACCAGCCAAAAGGAGGUCUUCACUUCGUCGUUCCAGAUGUGGAAGGCAGCAUGGCGGAGAGAGGGGCUCACGUUUUCUCCUUCGGAUACCAGAACUCCACGAGAUUCUGGUUCCCCUGUGUAGACUCCUACUCAGAGCUGUGCACAUGGAAGCUGGAGUUCACCGUGGAUGCUUCCAUGGUGGCGGUGUCCUGUGGAGAUCUGGUGGAGACCAUCUACACUAAUGACAUGAGGAAGAAGACCUACCACUACAUCCUCCCCAUCCCCACCGCGGCCCCCAACAUCUCCCUAGCUGUGGGGCCAUUUGAAAUCCUUGUAGAUCCCUACAUGCAUGAGGUGACCCACUUCUGCCUGCCACAGCUGCUGCCCCUGCUCAAACACUCCAUGUCUUACCUGCAUGAGAUCUUUGAGUUCUAUGAGGAGAUUCUGACAUGCCGCUACCCUUAUGCCUGCUUCAAGACUGUGUUUGUGGACGAGGCCUACGUACAAGUGUCCUCCUAUGCUUCCAUGAGUAUCUUCAGCACCAACCUGCUCCACAGCUCUAUGAUCAUAGACCAGACCCCGCAGACACGUCGCUGUCUGGCCCAGGCCCUGGCUCAGCAGUUCUUUGGCUGUUUUAUCUCCAGGAUGUCAUGGGCUGAUGAGUGGGUGCUGAAGGGGAUCUCAGGCUACAUCUACGGCCUCUACCUAAAGAAGACCUUUGGAGUGAAUGAGUACCGGCACUGGAUCAAAGAGGAGUUGGACAAGAUUGUGGAGUAUGAACUGAAGAUGGGGGGGGUUCUGCUGCACCCGACCUUCAGUGGAGGAAAAGAGAAAGACAAUCCAACCCCCCACCUCCACUUCUCCAUCAAGCACCCCCACACUUUGUCCUGGGAGUACUACAAGAUGUUCCAGUGUAAGGCCCACCUGGUGAUGAGGCUGAUAGAGAACCGGAUCAGCAUGGAGUUCAUGUUGCAGGUUUUCAACAAGCUUCUGAGCCUGGCGAGUACCGCCUCCUCCCAGAAGUACCAGAGUCACAUGUGGAGCCAGAUGCUUCUGUCCACUCACGCCUUCCUCAAGUCCAUCUCCAACGUCUCAGGCAAAGACAUCGGCCCCCUCAUCAAACAGUGGGUAGACCAAAGUGCUGUGGUGAAAUUCUUUGGCAGUUUUGCUUUUAAUAGGAAAAGGAACGUGCUGGAGCUGGAGAUCCGUCAGGACUACACAUCAUCUGGAACCCAGAAAUAUGUGGGCCCUAUCAAAGUGACAGUGCAGGAGCUGGAUGGAUCCUUCAACCACACGCUGCAGAUCGAGGAGAACAGCCUGAAACACGACAUCCCCUGUCACUCCAAGAGCCGCCGAAACAAGAAAAAGAAGAUUCCUCUGAUGAAUGGAGAGGAAGUUGACAUGGAUUUAUCGGCAAUGGAUGCUGACUCUCCUCUCCUCUGGAUCCGGAUCGACCCGGACAUGUCCAUCCUGAGGAAGGUGGAGUUUGAGCAGGCUGACUUCAUGUGGCAGUAUCAGCUGCGCUAUGAAAGGGAUGUAGUUGCACAGGAGGAGGCCAUCUCAGCUUUGGAGAAGUUCCCAACUCCUGCCUCCAGACUGGCUCUGACGGACAUCCUGGAGCAGGAACAGUGUUUCUACAAAGUCCGCAUGCAGGCCUGCUUCUGUUUGGCCAAGAUAGCCAAUGCCAUGGUGAGCACGUGGCAGGGCCCCCCAGCUAUGAAGUCCCUGUUUACCAGAAUGUUCUGCUGUAAGAGCUGCCCCAACAUCGUCAAGACCAACCACUUCAUCAGCUUUCAGACGUACUUCCUGCAAAAGACGAUGCCUGUUGCCAUGGCGUUACUCAGAGAUGUCCAGAACCUCUGUCCCAAAGAUGUGCUCAACUUCAUCCUGGACCUGAUCAAGUACAACGACAACAGAAAAAACAAAUUCUCAGAUAACUACUACCGUGCAGAGCUGAUUGAAGCCCUGACCAACUCCCUGACCCCGGCCAUCAGCAUCAGCAAUGAGGUGCGCACCGUGGACAAUCUGAAUGCUGACGUGCGUCUCAUCUUGGAGGAGAUCACACGGUUCCUGAACAUGGAGAAGCUGCUGCCGAGCUUCAGGAACACCAUCACUGUCAGCUGUCUGAAUGCGAUCCGAGAGCUGCAGAAGAACGGACACAUUCCCAGUGACGCGUCGCUCUUCAAGUCCUACGCAGAGUACGGACACUUUGUAGACGUUCGCGUCGCUGCACUGGAGGCUCUGGUGGACUACACUAGAGUGGAGAGGAGCUCAGCAGAGCUGCAGUGGCUGCUCAACAUGGUGCAGAACGAGCCGGCUCAUUACGUCAGACAUAAGAUCCUUGGGAUGCUCUGCAAGAAUCCACCUUUCACCAAGAGCACAGACUCGGCUCUGUGUAACGAAGCGCUGGUCGACCAGCUCUGGAAACUUAUGAACUCAGGUACGUCCCAUGACUGGCGGCUGCGCUGUGAUGCAGUGAACCUCUACUAUACGCUGUUUGGUCUGACCCGCCCCUCCUGCCUGCCCCUGCCGGAGCUGGGCCUCGUGCUCAACCUGAAGGAGAAGAAAGCUGUCCUGAACCCUACCAUCAAGCCUGAGUUGGGGGGGGCCCCAGUGAUGGACACCGCGGCCAGUAUAGGCAUCCAUGGUGUUGGCAUGAGCUACAUAGCUGUGGAUGAAGAACCUGACCCGAUUUCAUUAGGGGUGUGUGGGGUGGGCCAGCCCCCCCAGGGCCUGAAGAGGAAGGCUGAGACCCCACUGGGCUCGCCUCCAGAGCCGGGACAGAUCCUGCAGCAGCAGCAGCAGGAGGACGACGGGAGGGGGGGCCGCUUCAAGAUCAGGUUCAACACAAUGGAAGAUGAAGAUAUCGAUAUGGAGACGGUUCAUGAUAGUCAGGCCUUCAUUCACCAUCAUCUCAACCUGUUAGAGAGACCCUCUACUCCAGGUAAAGAGCCUCCGUCAGUGGAGCAGUCCAUGCUCUCCAUGCCUGCCACGCCCGUGCCCUCCUUCUCCAAGGAGACCACCUCUUCAACCUCCAAACACGUCGGGGAGCAUGGCCACCACCAUCACCACCACCAUCAUGAGCACAAGAAGAAGAAGAAGAAGCACAAACACAAGCACAAGCACAAGCACAAACAUGAGAGCAAGGACAAGGAGAAGGAGAGGGGGGACGGGGGCCACGCCUACAGCAACAGCCCGGCCAGCGGCAGGUCGCUGCGCUCACCCUCGCUCUCCGACUGAGGGCAACUGCACACAUCUGAGCACGGAGUCACAACAUGGCAGUUUAUCUGAAUAUUCAACACUCAGUGGUGUUAAUGCACAGGAAGACUUAUUAGAACAACGCAUACAAGGAAAGGAUGAUGUAGUCCUCAGAUCAAUGGCACCACGCAAUUUCUCAGCAGUCAGUUUGAGAGAGGAAAACCCUCCAGAGCCACACACACACACACACACACACACCAUGCUGGGGUUUGUGGACUUUUGACACCGCUUCCAAUCUGCCUGAGGCAUGCAACCACACACACCUCUCUCCACAAACAGGCAACAACCUCCUCCACCCCCCCUUCCCCAGACCACUCUUGUGUGCCUCAUCCCACAGCUCGGCCCCGGCCUUCAGUGAGGCUCUGAGGGGAGAUUGAUGACGGGGGUGUGGAGUACAGCGUCUGUCUUCAACAUCUUAAUGACAUCUCCUGUUUGCCCUGAACAUCUCCUGUCCACAAAUGAAACUCAAGUUAUACUAGUAUGUUUUUUUCAAAAUAUGUUUUGUUUUCCCAACUGUCAUCAUUGAUAAUGAAAGACACUUUUGUAUUCAUGAAUGUUUUAACUAGAUUCCAUGUAUGAGUACAUUUACUCUGGCUCUGUUUCUUAGCAGUGGAACACUGAGAAUAAUUCAAUGUUCCUCAUUUAGAGCAUUUCGAUUCUUAUUGAAUCAGAAUCGCCUAAAUAAACAAUAAAAUAAAUAGACUUAA